AUGUACCUUUCGAUGUUUCCACUUUGGUUCCUAUGCUUUAUCAUAAUAACCUUGUUGUCGCCAUCAUCAUCAACACGGUAUGAUGAUCAUAUCUCACUGGGAGAGAUUAACGAAGAAGAAAAUUUCCAUUUCCCAAAAGACUUCCUCUUUGGCACUGCUUCUUCCUCUUACCAGCAUGAAGGAGCUUACUUAACCGACGGCAAAGCUCUAAGCAAUUGGGACGUUUUCACUGAGAUCCCUGGAAAAAUCCAUGAUGGAAGCAAUGGGAAGGUUGCUGCUGAUCAUUACCAUCGAUAUCCGGAAGAUUUGGAUCUGAUGAAAGAUCUUGGAGUUAAUAGCUAUCGAUUCUCUUUAUCAUGGGCUCGGAUUCUUCCAAAGGGAAGAUUUGGAGAUGUGAACAUGGAAGGUAUUGAUCAUUACAACAGAAUGAUCAAUGCUACUCUCGAAAAAGGGAUGGAGCCAUUUGUGACGUUGGCACAUUUCGACAUUCCUCAAGAACUCGAAGUUAGAUACGGAAGUUGGCUAAAUCCUCAAAUCCGGGAGUUCCCGCCAUCACGUUGUUCCAAGCCUUUCGGAAACUGCACACGUGGAGACUCCGACAGAGAGCCACUUGUCGCUGCUCACAACAUUAUACCGUCACAUCUAGCCGCCGUCAAUAUAUACCGGAUGAAAUAUCAGGAGGAACAAAGAGGAAAGAUCGGUCUUGUUAUGAGCGCGAACUGGUUUGAACCGGUUAGUGAUUCUUUAGCAGAUAGAUUAGCUGCUGAGAGAGCUCAAGCUUUCUAUUGA